AUGGCUUGGGGCGAUCUCCCCGUCGAGAGCCGUACACUAGAGCCCCUCGGAUCCGAUCUACGCAACGGCUUGACCGCAAUCACCGUCCUAGCCUUCAUUUCCUUCUUUGCUUCUAGCGGCCUUUUCUUUUACCUCGUGUAUAAGCUUGCGACAUGGCAUUUCUUCAUUAGGAAUCAGCAAGACGGCCACAUCCAACAGCAGGGCGGCGCAAUACAGAGGGCCCUUGACUUCACGCUCGGCAUCGAUGGCAUUUUUACCGAUAACAACGCCAACAAUGGAGAGAAUCAGGACGCUGGGAAGGCGGAUGCUGAAAAGCGACGGAAGCGACCCAAUCAGUUCCUUAUCCUCAUCAUCAACCUGCUUCUGGCCGACAUGCAUCAGGGAGUAGCCUUCUUCCUCAACGUGGAAUGGCUUCGAAGAGAUGCCGUCGUCGUCGGCACUGCAACCUGCUACACUCAAGGACUCUUUGUAUCGUUGGGUGACUUGGCAUCGAGCAUGUUCAUCACUGCCAUCGCUGUGCACACCUAUCUGGCAGUGGUUUCGCGUCGACGCACGCCUCAGUUGGCGCUGUACCUUGCUAUCAUCGCCAUCUGGAUAUUCGUCUACGUCAUAUCCUUUGCACCCAUCGCUGCGACUAGUAACGGAGCCGAGUAUGGUGGAUUUUUUGUCCGCGCCGGCAGCUGGUGCUGGAUGAACAGACGAUACGAGAACCUACGACUACUAACACACUACCUCUUCAUCUUUCUCGCUCUUGGUACAACCUCGAUCCUUUACACCAUCAUCUUCCUCAACAUUCGCCGCCAAGCUCGCGCUGGAUCUUCCGACGACGAUGAGGAUAACGCUCAACUCCAGCUUAGCCGCAACCCUGCCUUCCUCAUCUAUCCCGUCAUCUACGUUCUCUGCACCCUUCCUCUAGCCGCGGGUCGUAUUGCAACGAUGGCCGGGGCUAACGUGCCCAACGGUUACUUUUGUUUCGCGGGCGCAAUGAUUGCCUCGAACGGAUCUUUCGACUGCCUUCUCUUUGGCACGACACGAAACGUCAUCAUCUUUGCGUCCAAAUACGAAGUCGACUCGAAGGAUAUUGGCUUGGGAACAUUUGCAUUCCUAAAGACACCCAUGAACCGUCGUUUCGGUAACACCAUCUCGAUCCAGGGUGGUCAUCAACACGGCCAAGAAAACGACAACGCAGGAGGUUGGUGGACAUGGUCAGGCCGAUCAAGCGGCCAUGAACCACGAAGUCGGAAAGGUCUGGCACGGACCAUCAGUCAAGAGUCACUUCGAGGACCUGCCAUUCAGAUGGACAUGGUAACGUCUGUAGUUGUUGAAGUCGAUGAUGGUGCAGAGAGGGAUCCUAGAUAUCCUGAUCCUUCGUCGAGCUCAAAUCCGUCGCUGAAUAGCACCGAGAAGGAUUUUACAAAGGUGAUAGAGAGGACGUCAUAUACAAAGUCAUAG